CGCUACUGUUUUAUGCGUUUUACCACUUCACUGUCAAUUUGACAAGUAUUCAUCAUAAUUUUUCAAAGUACACGAAAUCACGUGCUGUUGAUUCUAUAGAAAUCGAUGGCAGAAUGAUUUGGAUCCGUAAUAUUCUUUUAUUGUCAUGACAUGUGCUAUUAAUGAUGUCUCUGCCAAGAAAGCAUGGGAACAAGGUUAACGUCGAUUAUAAAGCACGACUGGAACACAAAUUAUAUCUGGCUAGAGAAAAUCCAGAACCAAUAUUUGAUGUAUCCGAAUGUGCUUUAAAACAUGUACCUUCUGGUAUUUAUUCGCUAUGUAAAGUAUUCAGGAAAAAGGUGCUAUGGAUGUACAGUAACAAAUUAACUUCACUAUCCGGUGGAGGUGCCUUAAGUGAUUUGUCAUUACUUGUUGUGUUAGAUAUUCAUGGAAACGAAUUUACCAAUUUACCGUCAGACAUAAUGUGUCUUGCAUCUCUCAAGGAACUUUAUCUACAAGACAACAAUAUAAGAAAACUGCCAAAUGAAAUAGUGCACUUAAGUAAAUUAAACAUUCUAAAUGUUGCAAGAAAUAACUUGAAACAAUUGCCAGAAGUGAUAGGAAAAUUAAAACAGCUUACUACAUUGGAUAUUAGUCAAAAUAAAUCCCUUCAUAAACUUCCUAAGUCUCUGGGUUAUGCGCAACAAUUAGCACAGUUAAAUAUUGAUGGGUUAAAUCUAUCAUACCCACCUCAUGAUAUUUUAAAUGGAGGCACAAUAGUAAUUAUAGCAUUUUUGGCUAAUGAAAGUGGCAUUGAAUAUUCACCAGAAGAAUCUGUUUCAGAAAUAGAAUUGUCAAAAGAUACAAGUUCAGAUAAUACACUAGGGAUAUAUAAUAAAAAUAAUGAUGUACAGGCAGCAUUACAGAAGCUAACAAAAAUGAAGGAACAUCGUCAAAAUGCAUUGUUAGAAGUUGAAAAAAAUAUAAAACAGCAACAAGAAUAUGAAAUUGGAAUUCAUUCUAUGUUGAAAGAACACAGAAAAAAGCUUUUAAUAGACCUUGCUGUUCAACAGUCGCAGUUACAACAUGAAUUAGAAAAACUACAACAAGAAAGAGAUUCUAAUAGAGCACGUUUACUUUCUUACAUUUACAAUGCUGAAAAAGAAGCAAAUAACGUCAUCAAAGAAUUUCUUAGAAAUAGCGAAGAAGAAAGACAAAGUCAAGCAGAAUUAGUUGAACGUGAAAAACAAGAAGAAAUUAAGCUAUUAUCAUCUUGUCAUUCAGAACAAUUCAUGUUUCGUACCAAAGAUACUCUUAUUUCGAUGGAAAAAUUAUUGGAAGAAGAGCUUUAUAGAACAAGGAAGUUGGAGGAGUAUAGUAAAUGUAGAGAUUAUGCUGCACAAUCUUUGCUCACAUUAGAAGUUAGAAAUAAUGAUCAUUUAGCCGAAAUAGUGCAAAAUCAGGAGAGGAACAGACAAAAUUUAAUUGAUACAUUAAAACAAGAUGAAGUUUUACAAAAAGCUGCUGUUGCCGCAUUAUUAGAACGUAGUGAUGCGCGUUCAUGGAGUAUUGUGCAGCAAGUCAACUUGGUACAAUCACAGUUAGCUGCUCUUACAAGCAUUGAAUUGGAAAAAAGAAAACUAGAAAUGAACCAACAGUUGAAUGAAGUAGCCGAAAAGAGGGUCGCUUUAAGUGCUAUUUUGAUGGAUCUAUUAGAACAACAAAAAAGCAGAAGAGAUCAACUUGUAGAAACAAUCAAUAAUAUUGAACAACAACGCUGCAUCAUUAAUUCUAGAAGAAACAGUCAAUUUUGGUUGAUGCAAUACCAAUCUUUGAUGGAAGCUAGACCUCAGGGUUUAUUAGAAAUGCUAGAACCUACAUUAGUACGACAUGUUGCGAUUGCGGGAGCACUCCAUUGUUUACCAUUUUUAGCUUCUCUACCAUCAUUACUUCCAGAUGUUACUGAUGAACAACUGAAAACUAUCGGCAUACAUUGUGAAAACGACCGUGCCGCUAUAAGACUUGCAGUUGAAAAUUAUUUAGCAGAGGUGAAACUUAACGAGUCUAGGACACCUUCUGCACCAGUAGAACUACCUGUAACACCCUGUGCACCACUCGAAGAAGCAUGUACAAGUUCUAAUUAUGAAGAAUCAAAUCCUAUUCAGAGCAUUACUACUGCCGAGUGUGUAAUUUGCUUGGAUUUACAAUGCGAAGUAAUUUUUUUACCGUGUGGACAUCUUUGUUGCUGUUCAGGUUGUGCAAAUAUGGUUUCUUCAGGUUGUCCAAUGUGUAGAAGUACUAUAGAUCAUAAAAUUCAUAUUAUAAAGCCUUAAAUCAUGAGUUAAAUUUUUUAUGUAUAAUUUUAUCUGAUUA